AUGCGGGGUCUGUCAUCUUAUGCUGCAAUUGCAGCUGUUGUAACAACUGCUUCCAGUGCCGUUGUGCCUCUUCCCUUAGUUCGCGAGUCUGAGUCGUCGCGUAUCGCGGAUUCGCCAAAUGGACCAUUUCCAUUUUUCGACUGGGCUCUAGCAUCUGCCUUGGCAGGAUUGACUGGUGAACCACCAAGUACAACAACCUCAAUCAGUUGGGUUCCAAAUUCUACACCCGCGCCAUUGCCCAACCCAGCAGAAGAGAGCAGCGUUUCAUCGGCAACAUCCAGCGGGCGACCGACGAAGGCCGCGGAAACUGCCACAGCAACUAGUCCUUCUUCAACAACUAGUGUGCCAACAGUAGAGUCAAGCUCUCUGCAAGCAACACCCUCGCAAACUAUGAAUAUAAUUGCCGAACCAGCUACGUCCUCAACUAAACCAGCUUUCGCCCCUGCAACAAAGAAUUGCGCUGCUCCUGCAGCUAAAGCCCCAGGACCUUACUGGCUUGACGACCAAGACCACAAUCAACAAGGAGCAGGCUUUGCCCCGUACGUUAAUUCGACGGAGCGCUACCCGGUUUACCGCAAUGUUAUGGACUAUUCAGUAAACAAUGAUGGCUCCGGAGACCAAACUUCAAAAUUGCAAAAGGCAAUCGAUGAUGACGGCUUGGGCGGCAGUCGCAAAGGUCAUGGUGUCACUCGCUAUCCCGCCGAAGUUUACCUCCCUGGAGGCGUGUAUACGCUUGGCAGCACGUUGAGAAUGACGGUUGGAACCAUCAUCGUUGGAAACCCGCUGAACCCGCCAAUUCUCAAAGCGGCUCCGGGCUUCAAUGGCGACCAUCUCGUGAUGGGAUAUGACGAGAAGGCCGGCGCACCAGAGACCAGCUUUGCAAUGCUCAUCAAGAAUGUUAUCUUGGACACCACUGCCCUGGACCCAAGUCGUGGAUUCACAGCUCUCCAGUGGGGAGUUGCGCAGGGAUCUGGGUUGACAAAUGUCAAGAUUCGUAUGCCGCAGCAGUCAACUGGUCACACUGGUAUCGAUUUGAAAGCAGGUUCCACAAUCGCUGUAACUGAUGUUGACGUGAUUGGCGGAGCUGUUGGAAUCCGAAACUCCAAUCAGCAGGUGAACUUCAAGAACAUUUAUUUCCAGGCGUGUAAAACUGGAUUCCACGCCAUAGGUGGCUGGACAGUGCUUCUCCAACGCGCUCGAUUCGAUAGUUGUGGUACUGGAAUUGAUAUGACUGGCAAUGGCUUGGGCAGCUUGGUGCUUCUCGACUCGUCAUCCUCGAACAACGGCCCUGUCAUUCGAUUUUACGACUCAUCUGGUGAUUCUGGUAACAAAAACAGUCAAUUUCUCAUCCAAAACCUUGAACACAAUGGCAAAAACCCCAUUGCGGUCGAUGCCUCAGGAAAGGUGGCUUUGGCUGCCACUUCUCAUGUUGAAACGUGGGUCUGGGGAUCAGUCGUUCCAACAAAAUAUGAGACUGGUGUCGAGUGGCAUACUGAGCGCUCCCCUCAGCUUUUGGUUGGUGACAAGUUCUUUACCAAGGCGCAGCCUACCUACCAGGACUACACUACUGCCGAUAUUGUCAAUGUGAAAACCGUCGAAGGCUACACAGUGAAGGGAGACGGCAAAACUGAUGACACCAAGGCACUCAAUGCUAUCUUGGCUCAAAAUGCCGAGUCUUGCAAAGUGACCUACAUCCCCUUCGGUGUCUACCGCGUCUCAGAUACGUUGUUCGUUCCAAUUGGAACCCGUAUUGUUGGAGAAGCCUGGGCUGUCAUCUCUGGAUACGGUAACAACUUCAAAGAUGUUAGCAACCCGAGGGCUGUUGUCAAGCUCGGAAACGCAGGCGACGUUGGUGUUAUUGAGAUUCAGGACAUGCGAUUCUCUGUUGGCGAAAUCCUCCCCGGUGCCAAGAUUAUUGAGAUCAACGCCGCAGGAAACGAACCAGGUGAUGUCGCUCUAUGGAACACCAUGGCUACUAUUGGUGGUACAGCUGACACUAGUAUCUCUGGUGCCUGUACGUCCCAGGAUCCCAAGGACUGCAUGGCUGCAUUCAUGGUGAUGCACCUGACCGAAUCGUCAUCUGCAUACAUCGAGAACUUCUGGGGCUGGACCGCCGAUCACAACCUUGACAGCGAGUCCCUACUCACCAUCAUCUCAACUGGACGUGGUAUCCUGGUGGAAGCGACCAAAGGCACAUGGCUCACUGGAACUGGUUCUGAGCAUCACUGGUUGUAUAACUACAACUUCCACAAAGCCCAGAAUGUCUUCGCAGGCCUUUUGCAAACAGAGACCCCUUACAUGCAGGGGCAGGGCGAGUACGAGUCUGCACCAGCGCCUUGGGCCGCUGAACCAAAAUACGGUGAUCCUGACUUCUCAUGGUGUGCAGCGGAGGAUCAGAAAUGCCGCACUGCAUUGGCAACAAAUGUGGAUGGAGGAUCAAAUGUUGCACUAUACAAUUCGGCAGCCUGGGCCUUCUUUGAUGGUUACUGGAACGGUCUCUAUAAUGAACCUUGCAACGGCAAUUGCCAAUCCAACAUGAUGCGGGUGACCAACCACCCUACCAACCUGGUCUGGUACUCAAUCAGUACGCGCAUGACGGAUGUCAUGGUUCUCGACGGCAAGACGAACCCGCGCGAGUCCAAUCACAAGGGUGGAUGGGAAGCUAUAAUUCAGGUUUACGGCCAAUUCACGACUUGA